UUAUUCAUUAGUUGUGAAUUGAUUUCGGAUUGGCGGUGGCGUGUAAAAUGAGUUUGAACGAACCGUUGAUAGAUAGAAAAGAAGAUGUUUAUUCUAUUCUUCGAACUUAUUUCCACCAGUUUUCUUCAGUUGACGGAGAAUUGAACAAUGUACGUCCUGCAGCUUGCUUUUCCCCUCAGGUCUUUGGAGCUGGCAAGAGUUUUGUUGGAGAAAAUUUUUUAGAGUUUUUAAAAAAAUUCGCCGACGAAGAAGAAGAGCAGACGAAGACGGAGGUUUUCAACAAGAGCUCAUCGGGAAAAGUUGAUUUGAAGAUUUUUUCUUGGAAACACUUUGCGGAAAACACUUUGUCAGUUUGCUUUAAACUAGAAGAGGGUUUUUCUCGUGCUCCUUUUCCAAGGUUUCUAGAGGCUUUGAUGAAUAAUAUAAUUUUGAACGCUUACCGACAAAAUGGUAAAGAUAGGGACGCUCUUCAGAUAGCUGAAAGGACGGUAAAGAAUUUUGAUAUCGUAGGAGCUAUUGAUUAUCUUCUCGAACAAUUUCAGAAACGAUAUUUAUUUUUGAUGAUAGACGAACUUAGCCACCUGAGUGACCUCACCAAAUACUAUAGUGAACUCGACGAGAAACAGUUUAUCGAGUCUGACCGAAAAUAUGUACCUUUUCGGAAGUUUUUCCGCGUUUUGCGUGAAUUGUUGAUUACAGGAAAGGUAAUCGUCUAUUUGGCAGGUCGAACUGCUCAAAUCUCAGCCCCCCUGUCUGAUACUCGCUCCAGUAGUGUCACCCUCCAUAUGUUGCGGUUGAAUCCCUUUAACAUCCAUGAUAUUAACGAAUAUAUUGAGCUGGCAACUUAUGAUGGAAAGUCCUUGAAGGACUGUUUAUUACCCUCCGAUGAAUUACGAUAUCGAUUCGUAGAGUUGUUGAAAAAAAAGACAGGAGGUAUUCCGUUGAUUGUAAGGAAUACUUUACUGGCCCUAGUAGAGAAAGUUGCAAACUUAUCUCAUCCUACUAUCAACGAUGACAAUAUGGAACCCUUAUUAGAUAGAAUCUUUCGCGUGGUACUACUACAUUCGUUAACGUUUAUUAUUCCAGAGAUACUAGAUUCCUCAACCCUUCUUCGAUAUGAAUUUGUCUUUUUGAAUUAUCAACUCGGAACAGUUUUCCCAAUCGGAUUUGCAAUUACUCUAUGUGGAACGAGAACUUAUUUGAUGGACUUGGUUGCAACUUUUGGGUUUUAUUCUGAAAUUUGUGAAACUGACGGGAUUGAUUUGGGCACUAAGUUUAAGAUUGGUUGUUGUGAAUUUAUAUUGAGAGCUCAUAGCAACUAUAGCUUUUUCCGUGAGGCUACUGAACUCUUUCCUUUAUCUCCGUUUAGUUAUAUUUCCGACACUUCAACAGCAAAGGGAGUCUUCUUUGAAUUUGUAUUUAUGAAGAUCUUUCGUUUUCGCUUAUUAACUUUUCUUCAUACUAGUUCCUCGCCUAUUGUACAUUCUGCUAUUCCAGGAAUUUUCCAGGGUUCUUUUAUUGAACAGGACAAUGUUUCUUAUUCUAUGGAAUCUACAAAAUCUAAUGAUAUACCCAUCUUGAGAAAUGUCUCUGAUUCAUUUUCUGACCAUUAUAGAAAAUUUUUACAACGUUGUGGUAUUUUUGUUCCAAAAGAUGGCAAUUCUAGUGGCGCUGAUGCAUAUGUUGUAUUCCAUAAUGGACAAACACGUUAUGUUGUUGGAUUUUCAUUCAAAUUUUAUCACAAAAGUGAAUUUUCGAAGAGAGAUAUUGAGAAGGAAGCAGAACAAUUUUUCCAAGAAGUUAUUCCCGUUUUGAAUAACGAAUCUCCUUCAUCUGUUCAACUUUGUUUUCAGUUUGUG